AUGUUACGCCGACGAGAUCGCCGACUUCUGCAGGAUUCAAAAGUCAUCCCUACGGAUCAUGUCGCUGCCCAACACCAUCUGCUCGUUAUAGACUUGAAAAUCUCGCGUCCAAGGAAGAGACAUCCAAGGACUGAAACACAGUGCAUCAAAUGGUGGAAUCUGACGGAUCGAAAGGAAACAGCAAUUCGUGAGAAGAAGUCAAAGUAUAAGCUCUGGUGGAGGACGCGUCAGCCUGAAGAUCGGGGUGCUUACCUAGCGGCGAAGAGGGAGGCUAAGAAGGCAGUCUCCAAGGCGAAGUCGCACCGCUACAAGGCUGUGCACGACAUGCUUGAUACCAGAGAAGGCGAGCGGGCAGUGUAUCGUUUAGUCAGAGCACGUCAUCGCUCAACGUUGGAUAUGGAGCACACCAAGAUCGUUAAGGGAGCUGAUGGAGCCGUUCUGCGCCGCUCUGGUCAGAUCCUGGAGAGGUGGCGAGAGUACUACAAUCACUUGAGUUGCGAAGAGUUCUAUCAUCCUCAAAUCCAAACUUUUCCCAGUGUCGAGAGUCCUGUUCUACCAAUUACUGUCGUCGAAGUCAAUGCUGCCCUCGCAAAAAUGAAGUCGAACAAGGCAACCGAUCAUGAUGGCAUACCUGCUGAUGUCUGGAAGCUGCUAGGAAAUCGAAGGCCUAUACGACUGCUGUGCCAUACGAUGAAGGUUUUUGAGCGCGUCCUGGAAGCUCGUCUGAGGAAAAUUGUCAGCAUUUCACUCAAUCAGUGCGGCUUUGUGAAGGACUGCAGCACUAUAGAUGCUAUCCAUGCUGUCCGUAUCCUCCUGGAGAAACAUAGAGAGAAGCACCGCAGUGUGCAUCUUUUUCUUCUCGAUCUCAAGAAAGCCUUCGACAAAUUGUGCAUGGACACGAUAACGAAGGAAAUCCAGAAGCAGCAUCCGUAG